UCGAUCUAGUAACACAAAAACAAAACAGAGAGGAGCUGAAAUAAUAAUACCAAAUCAAGAAGAAGGGAAAGCUCGAAAAUUUUGGGAGGAAAUGCAGUCAUUCUCAAUUACACACACAAAUUAUUGUAAAUAAAGAAGAAGAAAAAAAUCGAGGCUGCCUGCCAUCAAUCCAUCCCCUAAACAACAACUCAGUGGCACUCGAUUUCUAUGCAAUUCUUCAAGCAAGUUGUCCAAGGUUUUAAUUGCUGCGGUGAUUUUAGUUUACGGUUCGCGGGGUUGAGACGACGCUCUCUUGUUUCUUUUGAGUUUCGUUGAUUCCAACUCUAGGGUUUUGAUUCGUUAUGGAAUUUCGGCUUUGUUUAGUGGGGUUUCUAUCAACUACUAAAGUGGAGUUUGAUCCUUAGGGUUUUGGUUCUGCAAAAAUGAGAUUUGGGUUUACAUUGUAUGCUUUCAACUUGGGUCAAUUUCGGCAUGUUUGGAAACUGCAAUAAUUCUAUCCACCUUGGAAACUCUUGGGUUCUUUUUUUUUAUUUUUUGGUCUCUCUCUAGGAUUUUCAGGCUUACUGCUUUACUUUCUAUAUGCAUAGACUGAGAGUUUGGUUGGCAUUGUAAGGUAUGCAAAGAGGAUUUGGACUUGUUUGGUGUUGGAGAAAACUGUAAAUUGGGUUUGGAAACGGGUUUCAGUGGUUUUGUAGUUCUGUGAAUGGUGUAGGAAUCUGUUUAUCGAGCAAUGCAAUCCCAGCAGGGCUCCAGAAUUGACUUAGGUGAACUGAAAGCUCAGAUAGUGAAGAAGAUUGGAGCUGAGAGGUCAAAAAGGUACUUUUAUAAUUUGAGUAGGUUUUUAAGUCAGAAGCUCAGUAAAUGCGAGUUUGAUAAGUCGUGUUACCGCAUUAUUGGGAGGCAGAAUCUGUCACUGCAUAAUCAGUUGAUACGUUCAAUCUUGAAAAAUGCAUGUCAGGCUAAGACUCCACCACCGGGUCCCGUGAAAUCUUUGAUACAAACUGUGGAGAGGUCUCCUGGUAGAGAAGAUGCACAUGAAGUGUCUGGAUCCCUUGUUCCCAACCACAAUCAAAAUGCAGACAUUUGGUCAAAUGGGGUUUUUCCAGUGUCAUCCCCACGAAAGGCUAGGUCUGGAAUACGGGAUAGAAAGCCAAGGGAUAGACCAAGCCCACUCGGGCCAAGUGGGAAGGCUGAGAGUGUUUCACAUCAUUCAAUGGGGAUGGAAGACAAUGUCAGUAAGUUGGGUAUCGAAAAUGGUGAUUUGACUCCUUAUGAUUAUCAGAGACCAGUGCAGCAUCUUCAAGCAGUUGCUGAGCUGCCUGAAAUUGUAAGAGGUCUGGUGCACUCUGCAGAAAAACCAAGGGUGCCUGGUAAAGGUCAGGCUGUAGGAGCCGUUGUUGAAGAUGGGCAAGAGGUGGAGCAAGCUAACCAAAUUGAUCUUUCUAGAAGUCCUCUGCUCGCACCACUUGGGAUUCCAUUUUGCUCAGCUAGUGUUGGUGGGGCCCGCAAGGCUCUGGCAGUGGCAGGCAGUAGUGACUUCAUUAGCUACUAUGACAGUGGUGGCUUAUACGAUAUCAAGACAUUGAAGAAACGUAUGGAGCAGAUCGCAGCAGCACAGGGCCUUGGAGGAGUUUCUGUCGAAUGUGCUAGUAUGCUGAAUAACAUGUUGGAUGUAUACUUAAAGAAACUCAUUAGAUCAUGUGUAGAUCUGGUGGGAUCAAAGUCUACACAUGAAGUGAAGAAGCACUCUGCUCACAAGUCGCUGCCUCAAGGCAAGCUUAUGAAUGGUAUGUGGCCAAGUAAUCACUUGCAUAUGCAGAGUAGCUCUGGGCCCAUAGAAGUUUUGCAGGAACCUGGGCAGUGCUGCUUGAUAUCUUUGCUUGAUUUUAAAGUGGCAAUGGAGCUAAAUCCGCUGCAGCUGGGUGAAGAUUGGCCAGUACUACUGGAGAAAAUUUGUAUGCAUUCUUUUGAAUAGUGAAUGCCCUGCAAAAUUUUGUUUAUCCUGAAGCUGUGAUUAGAUGUAUUCAUUCUGGUUCAAUGUUCUCAACAAAUAUUGAUCAGUGAAGGUCCCAGUUCUUUUCCAUCGCUGACACUAACCAAAUGCUGCUCGGUAGCAUAAAGCUCUGGCCUUUGCAAGAUAAAGUUAUGUGUUAUAGUGUGGGGAGGCGUAUACCCCUGCCACAGAACCAGGAUGGAUCAGGAAAUUAUUUUUGAGCAACUGAGAUAAGGUGCUUGCAAAAGAAGUGCUGACAACCGGUUGCUCUGUUGUACAAUUAGCAUUAUUUUGGCUGUCUUCUGCCAUCUCAACGGAUCUCAGGCUUUUCUUGUAAAUUACAGCCAACAAGGAGGAAAUCUAAGAAAAUUUUGCAGGAAAACUGUUUUGCAGCUUGUUGAAAGGUAUCUCUGUAAGUGAGGAUAAUUUGGUCUCUGCAAAACCAUCAUGCAAGGUUGGUUUGCAGAAUUCUUGCUAUUUAUCUGCAAGUAUUCUGUGGAUUAAGUCUUACAAUAUGAUGUGUGACUAUCUGGAACAGGCAACGGGCAUUUGUAGAUGAAAUGGAUUGCUUGUGAUUAAAGAGGUAAAAGUUUCUCGAUUUGGAUAAUAAAAAUUUUGUACCAACACUUGUUCACGUUUACUUGUUGGUGCUUUUUAGAGCAUUUCUUGGACUUGCACUCUGUUGUAGAUACGAGGACAUUAAUUUUGCGGUAGAACUACUCAAGUAAUUUAUAACAUGCAGAUGCUAUAUUUUGUUGGCCUGAUUUUGGAGUUUUUAUGUUUUAAGCUAAUUAGAGUGGGAUAUUUCAUUAUUAUAUAUUUACCACUCAGUACAAUCUUAACCAAAAAACUGGAAACCUGUUGCUUAGUAUAUUUGCAUUAUCACACAAGUUGGUGAUGGUAAGUUCAUAGAUAGUUUUUUUUAUUAUGUUGUUCCUAUGUUUGACUUAUAACAUUAGUGUUCUCCACUAUUUCAUUCGUUUAUUAUGAUUAUUAUUGGAACUCAUUAAACAGAUGUCCAGUGUGCCUAAUUCAUAUGUACAUUUACCUCAACUUUGAAGAUGAGAAGAGAUGAGGCAUGAAGUUGAGAAGAAAAACAUUGGAACUCAUUGCAAUAUUGUUAAAUAUGUAGUUAGCCUGCCAUAUAAACAUUUGUACUGAAGUUUGUGUUCAACCAUGCUCUUUUCAUUAAGAGAGAAUGUUGUGUGGUUCAUAGAUAAGGAAGGAACCUACUUCCGUUGGUUAUAUUUAAUGCAUGUUAAGAUUUGCUGCUA